CCACCUACGCGUACAUCUUGCUGCAUUGAUAUUAUCGAGCUGAAGUGGCUGCGUUUUCCUGAAGGGAUGAGGUUUUUUCACAUCGAAACGAUCAAUAUAGACAUAUUGUAAAAACUGGAGUGUCUACUUAUGAUCGAUUGCAAUAGUGCAAUCGAAGAAGAAACAUUUCAAAAUUGAGAUUCACGCGAGAUACAUUCUGUAUGUCGUGUAUGGAAGUGUCAGGUUUGAAAUCGUCAAAGUUGAAAUACUUUGUCAUGCAUAAAAUGCAACGCAGAAAUUGCCUCUAUUGCAGAGGACGCAAGGGAAGUAGAUUGUAGUGCUGGUAAGGGUCAAGCAUUGGGCUGCUGAUUAGCAUGACAGAGGGGAGCCCCUUUGCCCGAAACAGCAUGACAAACUGGCCUCCGGUACGGAUAAAAUUUGUCAUGCGCCGACUAGAAACUGUGGGUCCAAUUGGUAUCGAUUUUAUGCAUUACAAGUUAUUUCAACUUUGACGAUAUCAAACCUGACUCAUCCAUAUCGCGCUCGCGGUGGUGUUGGUUCUUGUCCCACUUCUGAUCCAUCUCUUGCGGAGAUUCAAAACGCCGUCAUCAACGUAGAGCAGAUUACAGGUGAACCGCGCCACGUGCUCUACUUUCUGCCGUCUUCGCUCGACUUUAUUCACAAUCACAUCCUGAUCCUGACACUGAGCAGGCCAAGGGUUAUUAAGUAUCCGAGGACCAAAAGUAAGCAGACCAACCGUUGCGACUCGGAAAAUGCCACCCCUAUGAAAGCCUCAGAAUGGAAAUCCUCAAAGUGGAAAUGGUUUGUGAUGCAUGAAGUGCGACGACAAAAAAGACUGUAUUGCAGAGGACGCAAUUGAGGCCGACUACUGUCCUGCUAGGGGUGAAGAAUUGUCGUGCUACUUAGCAUGACAGAAGGGCACCCCUUUGCCUGAACCUGCAUGACAGACAUGCUUUAAGUACCCGGGAAAUUUGUCAUGCGCCGACUACACAUGCCGCCUCAACUGGAGUCGUUUUUUUUGCAUUACAAAUUAUUUCCACUUUGAGGAUUUCCAACCUGAGGCUUUCAUAACCCCGCGACGUGGCGUGCGACAUCUGCGGGGGCCGGUUUUUCCCGAGCUCCCUAUUGUAAGGAAAAAUCCCCCCUCCCCAUAUUGAAAAGGUAUGUUCCUAAAAAUUUGUGAGGCUGAUUUGUGACCACAAAUCCUGUCUCUCUUGCAAGAAGGCAAAUCCAAAGAAUCCGCCACCUUAUGGAGGCGAUUUGUAAUGCUAUUUCAUCUACAUGGCAGGCCUCUGCUAUGCUAAGUGCCUACAACAAAACACCCCUACGCAGGCUGAGGCUUUGCCUGUAAUGCCUCACUGCAAGACAGGCCUGAUUUGUGUACACAAAUCCAGCAACAGAAGUUCCCGCUUCACUAUGGGGAGGGGGGAUUUUUCACUUUGAUACUCCCUCCCCUUUCACCGGAAGCAGUGCGCGAAGACGUUUAUGGAUAGGCAAUUGAAGAACGGAAACGGCUUUGGUGCUGGCGACCCCGAGCAAAACGCGAACGCGAAUUUUGCCUCGAGCCUCCGCGGUGACACUGUGGACCCAAACAGCUUUUUCGGAGGUGGUGGCAGCAGCGGGGGCUUCUAUGAGUCCUCGGCAAUUGGAACCGUGAAUCGGCUUCGGCAGGCACGUAUCAAAUGUAAAAAUGUCUGGGUCUGGAAGAUUCUGAGACUUGUCAUGCAUGUUUUACAUUGGCCAUGAUGCCUGUGAUGCAUGCCCUAGCAUCACAGAUUUUUUGAGGGCUUCGCGAUGCCUAUUCCGCAUGACAAAUGCCCUCUCCGCGUAGCAAAAAUUGCAUUCCCUUUGCUGUUCAUGCAAUACAGAUUUUUUUGGAAUCCAAAUUCAGCAUCACAAGUUGCAUUCUUCCAGACCCAGACAUUUUUACAUUUGAUAGCACGACAGGCGGUCGACGGUGGAGGAAAUAAUGUUUUCCCCACUUCUAUCAAAUGCAAAAAUGUAUGGGUCUGGAAGAAUGCAACUUGUGAUGCUGCAUCUGGAUUCUACAAAAACCUGUAUUGCGUGAACAGCAAAAGAGGUGCAGUUUUUGCCACGGCAAGAGAACAUUUCUCAUGCGUUAUAGGCAUCAGGAAGCCUUCACAAAAUCUGUGAUGCUAGAGCCUGCGUCACAGACUUCAGGAGUCAUGCAAAGUGUGCUGCAUGACAAACCUUGCAUCCUUCCAGACCCAGACAUUUUUGCAUUUGAUAACUCCUUCGGGAGCACAAAGUAGACAACAGCACCCUUCCUCUUCUUCUUCUUCGGCGAAGAUGAUGAACAACCCACAGCUAUCACAAGAUAAAGUGUAGACGUAGACGGUUUUUCAAUUUUUCGAAAAAAAAAUUUUUUACGUGCCCUGUAGGAAUUUUGAAUAGGUGUAAAUCAAGUAGGCCAUGAUCUUAGCUACCGUGGGACUCCAAUGUAGCUGCGUUGAAUUUAGAUAACUAGUGCGAAAGGUCGCCAGCCACGGAAGGCAAAUUGUGCAGCUUGACCCUGUUUCGCCUCCACGUCGGUGCCACCUCCUGGACCCGGUCGCAACGUUGAAAAACUUUGCAUGAGUAGGGCACCCGGAAAAGACGAGCGCAUUGGAGACGCCCUAUGCAUAUUUGCGGCGGCCCAGCCCUCUCGCAGAGAGACCCUGCUGACGUUCCCACCGGAGAACUGCCUGACUCUCAGCCGGAAAGUUGCAGACUCCACCCAGCCGACCUGUUUCUUGGGCGUUACGACCCCGGGCCAGGAACAGUGGCUGUCCAGACGGGUCUCCUCGAACGGCACUUGAUGGAUCAGCAGGACGGCGCCCAGACCUUUUGCACUAGCUAGCGCAACUGAAUUAAGCUACAAAGGAGUCCCGCAAUAGCUAGCCAUGUGAGCACGUCUUUUUAUGGCAUUCGCAAGAUCCUCUAGGGUGGUCACAAAAUUUUUUUUGUUGCAUUUUCUUAAAACCGUCGACGUCUACACUUUUUCUUUCGAUAACAGCAGCACCCUUCCUCUUCUUCAUCUUCCGCGAAGAUGAUGAACAACCCUCGGAACAAGAUGGAGGUACCCUCGGCUGGAAGGUCCGCCAGGUGUUGGUCGCUGGAGGUGCCUACCCUUUUUGGUCCAUUUCGCGGCCACCAUGUCGCCGCGCCACCGUGUGGCGACAUGGGGCGAAAGCGAGGGGCCUGGGCUGAUCGUUUCAUGGGUUCGGAGAUGAUUUGGUGGCCCGGCAGCUCAGCUGGCACAAAAUUGUUGCCUGUCGUCUUUUGCGACAGGACAAAUCACAAAAAUUUUCAGAAAAAAUCAGAAAAUGUCGGAGAAUAGUGUUUUUUUCUGGCGGUAAAAAUAAUCACGGUGCUACGGCCUCAAAAAUUUUACCGCCACGACGCAUUUUCUUCUAGAAAAUGCUCGCUUUUGACUCCAAAAUCUCAGCAUAGCACCGGUGGAAAUUUUACCGCCACUUUUUCAUUGAUUUUCCAUUAAAAUCGUGGCGGUAAAAAUUCUACCGGUGCUACGGUGGAUUUGGAAAGUCAAAAAAUCGCCAUUUUCUUUUAGAAGUUGCCUCAUGGCAGUAAAAUUUUUGAGGCCAUACCACCGUGAUUAUUUUUACCGCCAGAAAAAAACAUGACUUCGUGGAAAAAAGCAGAUUUGGAAAAGUUCUGGGAUCUUUUCAGAAAAAUCUCACUUUUUUCGUCAAGUCGAAAACUGAGCGUGGCGGUAAAAUUUACCACGAGCUAACGGCCUCAGAAACUUUACCGCCAUGUGGCAUUUUCUGAAGCAAAGCUCAUGGCUGGCAGAUCUCAGCUGCCCCUCCACUGUCAGGCUGGGCGACCGAUAUACCCAGCUCAGCCAGCCAAAAGACCAGGCAACAGCCCGCCCGGACUACGACUUGGGCCCGCAGCAUUCUGCAGCGGGGAGCAGGUGCUGCGGGACUCGGGUGCCACCUUCUUCGCCCGGAUCGCUGUUCGGGCCUAGCUAGUUUAUUUUCAUCUACAUAGUGCGCUUCCACUGGACAUCACUAGCGACUUCGAGCUACUAGAUUACGUCGGCGACCUUACUAACUACCACGACAAGUUUUUUUAUUUUUUUAAUUGAAAAGUUGUGGCUUUUUUGCGAUUUUUGGCGGUGGCGGUAAAAUUUCUGUGGAUACCCUUCCUCUUCUUCUUCUUCGGCGAAGAUGAUGAACAACCCUCGGAACAAGAUGCUGGGCACUAACAUGCAGAACAAAGAAAACCAGCAAAACGCUGGUGCCUACAACAUCUACGCCACCGAAGCUGCUGCCACAGCGCAGCCCCCAAUGAUCCCGACCGGGCUGGUCCCCUGCCGCGUUUGCAACCGAACGUUUCUGCCGGACCGUAUGGCGUUCUCAAACGCUACAUUCUCAACUGUUACAUGAAUUUGUCAUGCAAAAACACCAUCACCAUCCUCACGAUCAAGCUGCUCCCCAUGACAAAUUUGCGAAGGGGGCUAAGCCGCACCUAAAUCUGCGCCGAACUUGUAAUGCAAAAGGCGCAGUCUUCCUCCUUUCACUUGUUUUGCCAGUCUUGCAUUGCAAAUUCAUGUAACAGUUGAGAGUGUAACACUUGAGAACUCCAUAGACCGGAUCCAGAAACACGAACAGAUCUGCAUGAAGACGAACGCGAAGAUGAAGAAGCGACGAGUGUACAACAGCGCCAAGCACCGCGUGCCCACUGACGGGAGCAGUUUUGGGGGCGGCGGGACUUUUGAUUCCUACGCUAGCGAUGGGUGCUUCGGGAUGCCGCCACCGUUGAAGAACAAGAGGGGAGGUGGUGGUGCGACGAGAGGGGGUGCAUCGUCUUCUAUCGUAUCUAAAAACGUCCCCACCCCAGAGUUGUAAUCCAAAUCUGCAUGCUCAGAAUGUUUCUCAUGCGGAUCCCCAUGAGCAGCAUUUUCUAGUCGUGUUUUGCAAUUGGGCAUUCUCCAAGCUGCAUGAUAUGCUAGAUAUGUCAUGCUGUUGAGCUAGCUCAAACAGCACUACGCUACGAGUCCAAAUUUUUCAUGCAAAACAGCCAAAACGAAAACUUGUGGUGUGGAUUUGUCUAGCCGAUUCCCCAUCUUGACUAUGGGGUGGGGACGUUUUUACAUAGGAUAUCUUCCUCGCAGUCACGCACCCAACCCGGCACCUCGAACACUACCGCUCGAGCGCCCGCACGAGUCCCGCAGACGAGUUGGCGCGAGAAAUCUAUGGCGUUUCGGGAAGCCAUUCGCGCGGCCAGGAGACACACAUCGAGCGGUGCUGCACCUGGUUCUUUCAACGGUAGCACGAAUGCGAGCAGAUUGCAAAGGAGAACGCCAAAUGGGUCCAGGACGUCGAAUAGUGGCUCUAGCGCGAGGAGCACAUUAUCCGAUGUAACCGCGCACGCGAACAGAAUCAACCGAGCGGCCAAUGCGCCUUUCUCUGCGGUGACAACUAGUAGUACUGUUACACCUGGGAAGAAGAUGAGCAGCGUUCUACGAAAACCGACGACGCAAAAUCCAGUGUCCAGUCUGGCGGGACGACGAGGGGGGACGCCGAGUGGACCGGGAGGGGGUAGUCUUUAUUUAUUAGGUAGGGGUAGGAGAUGGAGAUCCAUCGUGUGCUUGUACUUACUCGAGCAUUUUUACAACUUGCCUUGUGGUUGCGUUGCUGGCAUGACAAAGCCAAGCAGUAGCAGUGCGAAGUUGUUGACUAAUUUUCAGGUUCCGGUGGUCCUUCUUCUGCCUCAUCCCAAACCCGCUCCAGCCGCCCUCCGGGCAGUAUCACGAGACGAGUGGUUAAUACUAACAAUAUAUCAAAUGCAAAAAUGUCUGGGUCUGGAAGGUUGGAACUUGGGAUGCUACCUUCGGACUCUAAGAAACUCUGUAUUGCAUGACCAGCAACAGGAGUCUAGUUUGUGCUACGCGGGGAGGGUGUUUCUUGUCAUGCGGAGUAGGCAUCAUGAAGCCCUCUAAAGAUCUGCGAUGCUAGGGCGUGCAUUAUAGACGUCCUGGGUCAUGCAAAACAUGCAUCACAAGUCUCAGAAUCUUCCAGACCCAGACAUUUUUACAUUUGACACAACAACGUGAGUAAGCUUCCUCAGUGGGGCGGUGGUGGCGGUGGAUCAAGCAGCGGCGGUGUAUGAAAGCCUCAGGUUGGAAAUCCUAAAAGUGAAAAUAAUUUGCAAUGCAAAAAAACGACUCCAGUUGAAGCGCCAUUUUUAAUUGGCGCAUGACAAAUUUUCCGGGCACUCAAAGCAUGUCUGUCAUGCUAGGUGGGCAAAGGGGUGCCCUUCUCUCGUGCUAAUCAGCAGCCCAAUUCUGAACCCCUAGCAGGACAACAGUCGGUCUCCAUUGUGUCCUCUGCAAUAGAAUCUUUUUUGCCUUGCAUUUCAUGCAUCACAAAUUAUUUGUAUUUCCACUUUGAGGGUUUCCAUUCUGAGGCUUUCAUACGGUUCUUGGGGUCGACAGAUGAGCGGUGGUGGCGGUGGCGGUGGAUUCGCCGGAAUUAGCAACAGCAACGCGACCAGUGCGGACAACCCAUUCGCGUCGAACUCGUAUAAUCAUAAGAUGUGACUUUUGUUGUAAUGCAGAAAGCAGGAUGACAAUUUCGUUUUUUCAUGCGAGAGCUGCAUGACAGACAGACUUCUACAUUGCCUUUCAUAUUGAUGAACACUAUCAGGUUGAUGUCCAAGCCGCACGCGCCGGUCCGGACCGGCAACUCAGCGAGGGCAGCACCAAAUCCCAUGAUCUUGCGUGGAUAGAAUGACAAUAGUGCUAUGAUUAUGCGUGGAUAGCAUGUUGACAAGAAUCAUCCUUGUUCUACGUUGCUAUUCAGGCUAUAAUUGGUCUUGCUGAAAUCGAAUUCCUCAUUCUGACGAAAAAGAAACCGAGGUACAAAUACAGGUAGUCGUUCUACCCACAGAUGAAAUGAACUUGAUGUAUGAUGAUAUGUCCUCGCGCUGUACAACUAGGCUCGUAUACAAGAUCAACAUGAUACGAGGCGGCUUUGGCCCCGUGUUUGAUGCAAGGAUGAAAAAAA